AUGGACUCCUCGGGCUCUCUCGGCCUUGGUUUGGCCCAGGCAAUUGGUAUCUCCGGUGCAGCGUGGUUAUCAGGCAAUAUCUUCGCAUUGAGCAUCAACACGGUCGCCGCUCUUCAAGAAUCUAUUCACGAAGACAAAGUCUCCCCCUCGAUCAUCGCCAAGCAAUGGAGUAGAAUGUACGCCAAGGGCAAGACCCAAAACCCGCCCAUUGCAGCGGCAGUUGCAGCCUCGUUCUUCUAUCUCGCUUGGUCCGCGCCAUCAGACACUUUCCCUGCCAACCGGGCGACUCUUUCUCUGUCGGGACUCUACUCGUCCGCAGCGGUGGUCACGCUAGGAAUUGUACCUUUCACGUUGCUUGCAAUGGUCGGUACCAACAACAGUUUACAUCGGCAGGCCAAGUCAGAAGUUGAGGUGCCCGAGGCCGAGACGAUGGAGUUGCUAGGAAAGUGGUCGUAUCUCAAUGUCAUACGGGGAUGUUUUCCUCUCGUCGGUGCGGUGCUUGGUUUGAUGACUCUAGCUUAA